AUAGCAUGACUUAAAGCUGAAGUAGUCAAUUCCUGUCACUAUGAAAGUGGCCUUGUUUUUACUCAUUUCCUCUUUUGUGCAGCACCUUUUCCCUCCUGGUUGUGUGGGGCUCAGCUAAGUGACCACUCAGGAGAGCGGUGAGGACAUUUGAGGACCGAGCCAGGUCUUCAGGAUUGUGCUCUCUCCCUGCUACUGGACAGCCUUCCCAGCCCUGCUCAGCCUUCUCCACACUCCUCUGACAGAAUGAAUGCCCUGGAUGGUAUCCCCUUCAAGAUGCCCAAGGGCUUUGUGUUAGACACAGAGCCCUUCCCUGGGCCGGAGCUCAGCAUCCCAGCCUGUAGGGAGCUUCUACUGGGUUCCAUGCACGACUUCAGCCUGGAGAGGAAAGCUCUAUUCUGGGUGGAGGCCGCCGUCAGGGGACACUGCCCGGGCCAAUGCAGUGCACCCGGAACAGCAUCAGCCCCACCGGCCUGGCUCUUGCUGGCCAGCCCCGAACACCAGCUGGUGCCUGCACCUGCUUCGCUCAAAGACCCAGAGGCCAGGCCCCAAGUCGGGCCCGAGGACAAGGACCAGGAUGAAGCAGAGGACGAUGCCUUCUCCGCUAGCGAGGAGGAGCCAGGCCUCUGUGACCCUCAGCCUCGCUGCCCCGCGAGCCCCAACCCCAGCCUUCGGCGGAGCUCGCUGGACGUGCUGCACGGCGUGAGGUCUGAGCUGGCUGGGGCAGGGCGGCGGCUCUCCGAGGGAAAGCUGGCCGCGCGUUCCCGCGCUCUCUUGCACCGCUUCCGCGGCCACCGGGCACUGAGCCUCUGCCCCGACCCCGCACCCACCCUGGGUCCUGCGUCCCCAAUGCCCAGCGCCCCCGAGCCGCCCCCACGGCCCUCCACGGCUGGGGCCAUACCCCCUCUGCGAAGCCACAAGCCCACAGUCACGUCCCUCAGCCCGUAUACCUGCCUGCCAUCCCCUGGGGAGGUGCCCCAGCCUCUCAACCCUCACAGAUUACAACCUGAUUCUGCGGUUGACCUGCUGUCUGCCCUGAGCCAGGAAGAGCAAGACCUCAUUGGGCCUGUGGUUGCCCUGGGGUACCCCCUGCGGAGGGCCAUUGUGGCUCUGCAGAAGACAGGGAGGCAGAGCCUGAGCCAGUUUCUCGGCUACCUCAGCGCCUGUGACCGCCUGCUGCGACAGGGCUUCGAGGAGGGCUUGGUGGAGGAAGCCAUGGAGAUGUUCCAGUUCUCCGAGAGCCAGGCAGGGGAGUUCCUGCGUCUCUGGGAACAGUUCAGCGACAUGGGCUUCCAGCCAGACCGGAUCAAGGAGGUGCUGCUCAUCCAUGGCAACCACCGCGAGCAAGCCCUGGAGGAGCUGGUGGCCUGCACCCUGUGACCAAGGGGCACUUGCAGUACCUGUGGAGUCCCAGCCCUGUGCCAGCCCUGGCAGUCCAUCCUAACUGUAUUAUUACAAACAAAUAAAAAUAAUAAAAGAAUGCAUGCUCAUUGUAAAAAUGCAAACGAUGACAAGGAUGGUUGUAAAUAUCCAAAGAAUCAGCUGAAAAAGUUGGAAAUGGUUACUCUGGGGAA